AUGGCAACCAAAGAGACGGUCCUCGUUGUCGGUGCUACAGGCAACAUUGGAACAUCAGCCGUCAUGGGGGCGCUCCGCUGCGGCCGGGACGUACUGGCCGUUGUGCGCAACACGGCUUCGGCCGAGAAGCUAUUCCGCAACGUCGGAACGCGCGAGGGCAUCACGACGGUCGAGGCUGAUGUCCUCUCCGACAGUGGCGUGCAGGGCGUCGUGGAUCGCAUUCGCCAGGGCGAGUUGCCUGCAUUUCAACAUGUGUACUCUACGGCCGGUGGUGCAAUCUCCAACACGCCCCUCUCCGAAGUCAGCACAGCAGAGCUGCGCCAGAGCAUGGCGCAGAACUUUGAGUCGAACUUUUUCGCCUACCGUGCCACCUUUCCCUACCUCCAGGCUCAACCCAACCCGACGAGCUUCACGCUCUGCGUGGGCGGCCUGGGCGACUUGGGCACGCGCGCGGCCGCCGCCAUGACCCAGGGCGCGCUGUACAGCCUAUCGGCGGCGGCGGCGCACGAGGUCAGAGGUACCCGCGUCCGCUUCAUCGAGCUCUACCUCGACAUGCGCGUCGAGACGGACGAGAGCGCGGCCCGCACCGGCGCCGUCGCUGCCAGCGACUUUGCCGCGCAUUAUGCCGAGAUCCUGGAGCGGCAGCAGCAGGAAAUGGCCGAGGGUCGGGGUGCGAGGGUCAAGAUUUUGAAUCGUGAGGGGCUUACGGGGUUGAAGUUUGUGGACAAGGAGUUCAAGUUAUAG